ACUUUUCCAAGUCAAGUGUUAGGUUCUGAUCAAUUAAACCAUCAGCUUGUCUUGAAUAUAAAUUAGUUGCCCAUUUACGGAUAUAAAUAUAAAUGAUCUUGUGAAUUACAUUUAGUUGACAAAAAAUUUAUUGUGAGUUAUAUCGCCAUGGCGUCAAUACCUUACAACUUAUUAGUUAUUUCUGGUAUAUCUGGACGUUAUCCUGAGGCUCAAUCUUUGGAAGAGUUUUGGUUCAACCUGUUGAACGGUGUUGAUGGUGGAACUAUCGAUGAUAGAAGAUGGCCAACUACAAUGCUAAAUAUACCUAAACGGUUGGCCAAAGUUCCUAAUAUCGGCCUUUUUGAUGCAGAAUUUUUCAAAAUAGCUACAGAAUCUGUAUCAACCAUUAUUCCACCAAUUCGUGUUUUGCAUGAGGUUAUAUACGAAAUGAUUAUUGAUGCUGGUAAGUUUACAAUCGUAAAAUAUCUUGAGAAAAGUUAUUAAUUCGUUUUUGAAUCAAAUGGAAGGUUUCA